AUGGCGCAUGGACCAGCCAGUCAGCGAUCCAGCCAACCAGCCAGCCAGUCAGCCAGCCAGCGGUCCAGCCAGCCAGCCAGCCAGCCAGCGGUCCAGCCAGCCAGCCAACCAGUGGUCCAGACAGCCAGCCAGCCAGUGGUCCAGACGGCCAGUCAGCCAGCAGUCCAGCCUGCCAGCCAGCAGUCCAGCCAGCCAGCCAGCGGUCCAGCCAGCAGCCCAACAGCCAAGCAGCUUUGUGGUCGCAUCCCGCUGGCGGCAGCGGAGUGGGGCUAUGGCUCCAGCCUGCGUUUCCCCGCGGCCGGGCCCCGUGGCUCGGCGACAUCAAAGGCGUUGCAGGGCCCUCGGCACUCGACGCGUCCCAGGCGACACCGCGUCUUCUCAAGCGUCGACGCGCCUCCUUCGCGGCUCCAAGGCGACGUCUGCGUGGCGCCGUCUCGCAGCCUGCGCUCUCUCACUUUCGGAACGGGUGGUGUUCGCGUCCCUGUGUCGUCAGUCUGA